AUGGCCGUACAACUUCUUACCCAAGCCGACGGCUAUGGCAUCAUCGUGGGAUUAUCAAUCCUCUUCUGUCUCAUCAUCCUCGCAGCUGUUCGCAUCCAAAAAAGAUAUCUCUCAGAAGAUAGCGAUCAAUCCGAAAUGUUCAUGGUAGCAAAUCGUUCUGUCGGCACCGGACUUACUGCAUCCGCCGUAUUCUCAAGCUGGAUGUGGAUCAACGAGAGUGUUUUCUCAGCAGCCUACACGUACAAAUGGGGAAUCGCCCUUCCCAUCUGGUGGGCCAGCGGUCUCUCCUUCCAAAUUGCACUCAUGGCUGUGCUGGGUAUUGUAGCAAAAUUGAGGGUUCCAUAUGCGCAUACUUCGCUUGAAUUUAUUCGGAUGAGAUAUGGAAAUUACGCGCAUUGGAUUUUUAUUGUGCUGAAUCUUAUUAAUAAUAUUUUUGGCUGUGGGAGUAUGAUUCUGGCGGGUGCGCAGUUGGUUACCGGGAUGACGGGGAUGCACGUUGUCGCGGCUUGUGUGUUGAUUCCGGCUGGUGUCGUCAUUUACACGGCUGUGGGAGGGUUGAAAGCGACGUUUUUGACAGAUUUUCUCCAUACUACUGUUGCUCUGAUACUCUUGAUCUACUUCUCGCUUGCGGUUCUGAGCAAUGAGCAUAUUGGGGGUGUAUCAGGUCUCUAUGAAAAAGUCAAGGCUACAGACGACUACAUUCCCGGCAACUAUGAAGGUUCACUCCUGACAAUGAAGUCCAAGAGCGCCGUCUUAUUUGGUCUCGUCCUAAAAUUCGGAAACCUUGCUCUUGUCCUCAUGGACACCGCAUUCUGGCAAAAAUCCUUCGCUUCCGAAGUCCAUUCGACAGUCCCAGCAUACGAUCUUGUCUCAAUCGUCAUCAUCGCAAUUCCAUGGUGCACAGGAACUAUUAUCGGUCUUAGUGCCCGCGCAAUCGAAAAAACUCCCAUCUGGUUCGACUAUCCCAACACUCUCACCACCACCCAAGUAAAUUCGGGAAUGGUAAUGCCAUACGUCCUUCGUUCUUUAUUAGGUAAAGGCGCAACCACAGGUCUACUAGUUCUUGUAUUCAUGGCCAUCACAAGUACAGUUUCUUCAUCCAUGAUCGCAGUUAGCAGUAUUAUCUCUCUCGAUUUCUUCCGCACCUAUAUCAAUCCCGCAGCCUCAGAUCGCAAAACCCUCAAAGUCAGUCAUUGGGGUGUCGUAUUCCAUGGAUGUUUCAUGGCUGGUUUUGCAAUCAUGCUCGAAUAUGCAGGAGCGACAAAUAACUGGUCAACGUAUUUCCGUCCCAUCAUCGCUUGUCCGGGGAUCCUCCCCAUGAUCUUCACGCUUCUUUGGUCGCGACAAACAAAGCUGGCAGCUAUACUAGCACCGAUUUUGGGUUUGAUGUCGGGUGUAGCUACCUGGCUCAGUCUCUCGUGGUAUUGGUCUGGCGCCUUGAAUAUCCAAACGACGCAGGUGCAGAUCCCAGGGUUGUAUGGAGCUAUCGUUUCAUUUUUCUCACCGGGUAUAUACUCGAUUCCAAGCAAACAGCUCAUUGACAUCUACACCCCCAGUAUUGAAGUUGUCAACCAAGUUACUCACGCGGGAGAUGAAUCGAAGAAAGAAUCCUACACCACCAGUGGAGAUGAGGCCGGUCCUCCCUCUCCCCCUUCUAUAACACCAAACUCCCAACUUCCCCUCGAUGAUGUGGUUCACCCGUUCGGAGACGAAGUAAUAAAACACAUUAACAAGUGGCUGAAAAUAGCCAGUGUAUUUUUUGUGGUUAAUGUAUUGGUUACGAUUGUUUUGUGGCCGAUACCACUUUACCGCGAUUGGAUCUUUACGAAGAGUUUCUUUAGCGGAUGGGUUGUGAUGGCGAUUGUGUGGCAUUUCUUUGCUAUUUUGGCGGUGGUUGUUUAUCCAGUUUGGGAUGGGAGGAUUGAGAUUGUGAGGGUGGUAAAGGGGAUGAAGGGUGAGUGGGAAAGAUAG